AUGGCGGACGGAGUGACGCAACUUUGUGAACUCUGCAACAGAUUGCGAUUAUCAUUGUUUACAUCCUCGAAAUUGAGAAAUAUGCCUCCUGUGUUUCAUUUGAUUCUUGCAAGCCUUACGGGAGUUGCUGUGGCGCUGAUCGCGACUUACAUUCCCUCAAUAUGGAGGCCGUGGUUUUGGCGUCCAUCACUCGAAUCAUACGCACCUGGUUUCAAUCUUGUCUUAGCACCACAAACCGCUUUAGUGGAGAAAAGUGAGUUUAUCUCUAAUCUUUAUGGUGUGUUAUUGAAUUUAAUUUAUUGCUUGUAGUCCGUAGGAAGGUGUAGAUGUAGGCACUCCUGCAAGAAAUUAUACGCAUUACUGCUGAGUGUGAUCCGAAUUUGACAUAUGUUUUCGCUCGAAUCUGAGAUCAACUUCCUGUUUGUAACGGUUGAUCUUUUAUCUUGGAUCGAGAUUUUCCUCUGACUUCUGAGGUCUAUAUAGUAGCACGAAGAAGAUAUAUCUUUUAGGGCUUAGAGGUAAACUCCUGUAACUUAUUUUACGUUGUUCCUCGGUUUUUUCCCUGACGUUAUCCAUGAUUCAGUGAUGUAAAUAAAUCACUACAAGCCUUUUCCGAAGCGUAAUGAAUUUGAUGGUCGUAGAUCCACUUCCUUUACACCAAGAGUGAUGCAAGUCAUUUUAUUAACGGUUUCAAUCAUGAGAUCAAGAUUUGUGGGAGAGGUUAAAUAGUACGCGAAAUCAAGGGUGUUUUACUUCAUCAAGGGAAGUGUAUGAUAAACAGAUGGUAACAUAGUUAACACUGUGGUCUCAGUAUCAAGAGGCAUCAGUUUUCCAAUGUUACAUACAACUGGGUAUUUGAGUGUCUUGUUUGAAAGCCGAUUAAACCAAAUAUGAGGUCAACUGCACACUGAAACACCACACUUUGCCAUGACAGUUAAUCUCAAUUAGUCCUGGUCAUGCCACCAGAUUCUUAGUUGAGAAAGACAGAAAUUUAUAUUUUACUAAGGAAAAAACAUCUGAGAAUCUGAUUGAUCAAUCCCCUCUUCUGGCAAAUGUGUAUAUUCUUGUUGAUAAGUGUUGAGAAUUUUGUAUCUUACCAAGCUCUCAUAUCAACACUCUUUUGCUGAUAAGUAAGUCAAUUGUCAUCUCCUGUUUACUAGACAUUGUAUUGGUAUUUUAGGGAGGAGUAACUUGCUGAUCACUCCUGCAACUAAGAACUAUGUUCAAACAUUGAGAAAAAAUCAAAAUCAAAACUCCCAAUUGUAAUAGGGUUACAUUACAUAGAGCUAAAUUGUAUUCAGCAUGAUUUCUUGCGUGACUGGGUGUAACGUGGAAAGUGGUAGGGUCAGGGGAUGGGAAUUUGUACCACCUCCUGGUCAGAAGCCAAAUCCUUGCAAUGGGAGGUUCCUGUGAUACUACCUAAUCUGAAGGUAUUUGAAAAUUAUUUGUCUUAAAAUACAUAUGUUGAUUAUCUUAGUUGGGGCCUGAGGGAGAUAUAAAUAUCUGUGUUUUUUAAUCAAAGUUUGCACACCCCUCCAAUCAUAAAUUCCUGGCUCCACCCUGAAAAGGUUUCACUGCUUGUUGUAUGCUACUAGUAAGCUGUAAAUCUAAAACUGUUUUCUUCUACAGCUCCUUUGCAAGGGGAGGCCCUUCAUGCUCUUAAACUUGCUUUAGAAAUGAAUGGUGAAAGAAAAAGAGACAAAGCCUUGAAACUUUUCAAACAAGCUGAGGCAUUAUCACCUCAUCACCCUGAGAUUCUUCUACAUUAUGGGGAAUUUCUUGAAGAAGAUGAUGUUAUUCAUGCUGAGCAUCUUUAUACAAGAGCUCUAGCUGUUAGUCCUGAAAACUCCAGGGCAAUGGCAAACAGAGGAAGGACAUUACCCAAGGUACGACAGCUUGAUCAGGAAAUGCUUGAUAAGAUUGAUAAGAAAAGAGAUGAACUCUUCCGUGUUCCAAAAGGAAGCCUAGCUAUGAAAAGAGCUGUUACUGAGGCUUACUACAAACAUAUAUAUCACUCAAAUGCCAUUGAAGGUAACACAAUGACAUUAUCAAUGACAAGAGCAAUUGUGGAAACAAGAAUGGCAGUGCCUGGAAAGAGUAUAUUAGAGCACAAUGAAGUCUUAGGGCUUGACGAAGCAAUGAAAUUUGUCAAUGGGUCCCUACUCCAAAAACAAGAAAAAAUUACAUUAGAUGACGUUGUUGAAAUACACCGCCGGGUUUUGGGACAUGCUCACCCUUUGGAAGCUGGUAGAUUCAGAACCACACAGGUAUUUGUAGGGAAUCAUGUUCCCCCCAGCCCAAUGGAGAUUGAAAGACAUGUGAAUGAAUUUAAUGAAUGGCUUAUGUCCAGAGAACCUGAAAUGCUUCAUCCCAUAGAAUUUGCAGCUCUUGCGCAUUACAAACUUGUCUACAUUCAUCCAUUUACAGAUGGCAAUGGAAGAACUAGCAGACUGUUAAUGAAUUCCAUUUUGAUGCGAGCAGGGUUCCCCCCAGUUAUUAUUAGAUUUCAAGACAGAUACAAAUAUUAUGAAUACUUAGAUAUGGCCAAUCAUGGUGAUGUUAGACCUUUUAUAAGAUUUGUGGCCAGGUGUACAGAAAGAACCAUUGAUGAGUAUCUGUCGGUAACAACUAUUUAUCCAGUGGGUCAUGAGAAGCAUCCAGAGUUGACUGAUGCCCAUGACAUAAAUAGUGAAGAUACAUUUAAUGUGGAUAAAAAUUCACAAUAA